AUGACCUCCUUAGUCUCAACAUCCAGAUACAUACUUCCCCCUUGUACUGGAUUUGGCAAUACUCACAAGUCUAUGAGUGUUGAAAACGAGGAGACCGAGCUUCAUUCGGUCUCUUGGAACCAGGACCAUGGCUGCUUUGCAGCUGGCACUAGCCGUGGCUUUCGCAUAUAUAAUUGUGAACCCUUCAAAGAGACCUUCAGGCGUGAUCUGAAAAGCGGAGGAUUUAAGAUAGUUGAGAUGCUCUUCAGGUGCAAUAUACUUGCCCUCGUCGGCAGUAAAGUCAACACCCAAUACCCUCCGAAUAAAGUGAUGAUAUGGGACGAUCACCAGAGUAGGGUUAUUGGUGAGUUCUCGUUCAGAUCCGAGGUUCGUGCGGUUAAGCUCAGGCGGGACUGUGUGGUAGUUGUUCUUGAGCAUAAGAUAUAUGUGUAUAAUUUUAUGGACCUCAAGCUCCUGUAUCAAAUAGAGACCCUGGGGAACCCGAGGGGACUUUGUUGUUUGUCGCAGCAUAUGAACACAUCUGUUUUGGCCUGCCCGGGCCUGAGGAGAGGCCAGGUCCGGGUCGAGCAUUUUGGUCUGAAUGUAACAAAAUUGAUUAACGCUCAUGAUUCGAGGGUGGCUUGUUUGACCUUGACAAUGGAUGGGCUUCUACUUGCGACUGCCAGCGUGAGGGGGACGCUGAUAAGGAUUUUCAACACGAUGGAUGGUACUAGGUUGCAAGAGGUUCGCAGAGGGACAGAUAGAGCAGAUAUAUACAGUAUUGCCCUAUCUCCAAAUGUUCAGUGGUUAGCUGUGUCCAGCGACAAAGGCACUGUCCACAUAUUUAGUCUCAGAGUGCGGGUUGUUGGUGAGGAUAUGUCAACUGAUUCGACGGCUGCUAAAAAUCCGGAAUUCUUUACUCAGCAUUCUUCAAACUCUCUUGAUCCUCUAAUUUCUCCGAGUUCCGGUGCUAAUCCUGGAUUGUCGUUUUCAUUCAUGAAAGGGGUUUUACCUAAAUAUUUCAGCUCGGAGUGGUCCUUUGCUCAGUUCCACUUGCCGGAGCACACCCACUUCAUUGCUGCAUUUGGUUCUCAAAACUCUGUUAUUAUUGUGGGCAUGGAUGGAAGUUUCUACAGGUGCAGCUUUGACUCGAUCAAUGGAGGCGCACAAUGGGCCUGGGAGAGGCGCUGCAGACGCGGGCUAGAGACCGGGCUCUCGCGGGCUGGCCCGGACACGAGCGAAUGUGAGCGAAGACAUGUGAGCGAAGCUUUGGAUUCUACAACUAGGAAAUCGUCCGGACCAAGGAAUUGA